AUGGCCGAUAACGCCGAAGCAUUCAACAUUGCCUGUCUGAACCUGGGACUUCUGGGCAUAAUCUACACCGCUACGAUCAAAGUCCAACCCAUGAGCGACUACCGUCUCCGCGCUAUUGAUUACUAUGAGCCUUUGGAGACUUUCUUUGGUGAUGAGCCGGAUGCGGGAUUGAAGUUGAAGGAGCUGAUGAUGACAAACGAUUCGACGGAGCUGAUUUACUGGCCGACGGCGCGGUUUAUGAAACACGAGAGAAACGAGCAUUUCUGGUUGAAGCAGUGGAGGCGUACUACCGACCCUGUCGAGGACUCAGACAAGUGCAAGGACCAACUGCCAACCGUGAGGGCGCCGGAGUUCGUCGAAUCUUUGACAGCAGUACCGCCUUCAAAGGUUGACUCCAACUUCAGAAACGUCGUCGAGGGGGAUGAGGAGGCGGUGCUUUGUGUGAUCAAAGUGAUGGGGUCAAAACUUGUACCAGGGUUCUUGGGGUUCUCGGGGGAGGUUCUUGGUGCAUGGAUGAACAAGUACAACGCCAAACGUCAUUGGGCAAAGCAGUGGGAACAUAUUUCGGGUGUGAUCCCUAUGCUCUGGGGACAGUACAAGGAUCGAUUGGACGUGUUUAACCAGAUCCGUAGGACUCAGGAUCCUUUUGACAUGUUUGUCAACGAUACCUGGAGACCCCUUAAUGAGGUAUGCGAGGAGUAG